AUAUUGGCGGGAUGUGUAGCGGGAAAAGAGAUAGUGUCGCAAAACAUUCAGAAAGUUUAAGUAAUAAAUUCCUUUCCACCAUUUUUUUCAUUUCUUUCCACCACCGAUUAGGGUUCCUUUUUUCAUCUCAGAUCUCACAAUCUACAACCAUGCAAAUCGACAACACCGUCGUAAUCGACAUCGAAGCCACUCCUCCACCGCCACCGCCGCAAGAUCCAACACCGAAUCGCCCUAAAACCAACCCUAGGAAGCGAAAGAAGGAUGCUAAUUCGCAGUUACAGAAACUACGGAGUCCCGAAGAGAAACAGGCUCACAUAGAAACCCUAGAACAAGAGCUUGAAGGUUUGUUUCGGUACUAUAGGGUUGUUAUGAGUCAGAAAGUUGUUGUUGACCUUAAGCAAUGCGGUGGUUCUAGAAACGCUGUUGUUGCUGCGUUGAUGGAGGAGAGCGAACUUCCGUUGUCGAAGCUUGUUGAUGAGAUUCAUGGGAAGCUAAAUAGUGAAGUGGCGAAUGGGGGGAUUGUGUUGGCGGAAGCUGUUAAUUCUGCUUUGGUGAAAAGUAGUGUGCUGAUUGUUGGUCAGAGGAUGAUGUACGGAGUUCCUAAUGCUGAUGCUGAUAUACUUGAGGAUCAUUCUGAUUCAUGUCUCUGGUGUUGGGAGACUAGGGAUGUUAAAUUGCUUCCGAAAUCUGUUCGAGGAGAGCUUGUUAUUCGACGCACUUGUCGCAAAAAGAUCCAUGACAGGGUUAUGGCUGUAUCCGAGAUGAUAGUGUCACUGAAGAAGCAAGAAAGUGAGUCUAAUUAUAGUCAAGGCUUAAUUAAGGCCUCUAAAAAGCUGAGUAAAACUUCUAAUGAGGCAGACAUCCGCAUGAUAGUUGAAAGCUUGUUGCAGAAAAAGAGUGAAGACAUUUAUAAUUGUAGGGAUAAGAAAAAAGCAAACCUAGAAGAAAAAUUGCUAAUUAAGCAGUUGAAUAGAAAUAGAAGAGAAGCCGAGAAAGAGAAAGAAAAAGAAAGCCUGCAAUGUGAACUGCAAACAGAAACACUUGCCAUUCAAUCAAAUCUGAAAUUGUCCCAAGGUGAGGCAAGAACUGAUGAGAAAUGUUGCGAACAGAGGAAACAGCAAAAGAAGCAGGUUGAUGAAGUAGAAAAAGAUCAGCGACGUCGAGAAAAAGAUGAAGCUGAAUUAAAAAAGAAACGAGAAAAAGAAGAGGCUGAAUUAAAAAAGAAACGAGAAAAAGAAGAGGCUGAAUUAAAAAAGAAACGUAGUUUACAAAAGCAAGCCUCAAUCAUGGAACGUUUUCUGAAAAGAAGUAAACCCAAUCCCUCUGUUCAGAAUGACAAGGUUUCAACUGAGCCAACUGCAUCUGAUUUGUUAAGCACCAAGAAUGAAAUUGUGUCUAAGUCAGCUACUCUUUCAAUGGAUAAUGUUCUUGCAUCAAGUAGUGAUAUCACCCCUGAGGAUCUUCGCAGGUCACACUUUUCUUCAUGGCGCUUUUUAGGACAAUCAAUUCGCUCAAACAGAAAACAGAGAUGGGGUUUACGUCGGAAUCCCAAGACCGAAGCUUUUAACAAACUUAAGCUUACAGAUACUAAAGCUGGAAUUCAUGAGGAUGAGUUGGGCAUGGAAAAUGAUAGAGACCGAUUGGGGGAAAGUAGUCCAGAUGGUAAUUCAUGCUCAGUGAAUGCAGGCAGUAGUCAUCUUGAUGCCAAGAAGUACUAUCGAGGAAGACAAUUAUUACAGUUUGAUAAUGCUCCUAGACCAGCCUUUUAUGGUUUUUGGCCUGUUAAAAGUUAUGUUGUUGGACCACGACAUCCUUCAAGGAAGGAUCCAAGCAUUGAUUAUGAUGUCAGCAGUGAUGAGGAAUGGGAAGAGGAGGAGCCCGGUGAAAGUCUUUCAGAUUGUGAGAAAGAUGAAGAUGAAUGUCAAGAGGAAUGCUCAAAAUCUGAUGGAGAAAGCGAAGAUGGAUUUUUUGUACCAGAUGGAUAUCUCUCAGAGGAUGAGGGUGCACAAUUGGACAGAAUGGAAACAGAUGUUAGCCUUGAGGAGGCUGAUAGCUCACUUUGCUCUAAAGAUGAUAUAGAGACGGAGGAAUUUUGUGCUUUACUUCGACUGCAGAAAUAUCUAAACAAUUUGACAGAGCACGCUCUUCGUAAAAACAACCCUGUGAUUAUAACAAAUUUUGUUCAUGACAAGGACCUAUCGUUAUUGGAUCACAAUAUUAGUGGCACUCCUAAGCAGGAGCAGAUGUGCUUGCAAGCCUUGACUAUGUACACAAUUCCUGGUAGCUCGUGUAUAGAAUUAGAAUUAUCAACAAAUAAAAUACAGGAUGAGGACCAAGAAGCCUCCCCCUCUACCGGCAAAGGUUCUGCUACUCCACCACCUGAUUCGGCUGCCAUACCGGACACAGAUCUACCUAUAAUUGUGACCACUAUUCAGAGUUGUUCUCAGGGAAUAAAUAAAGUGUUAGGGUCUUUGCAGCAGAAAUUUCCUUCUGCAUCAAAGGCAUCACUGAGGAAUAAAGUGCGAGAAGUAUCGGACUAUGUCGAUAACCGAUGGCAGGUCAAGAAAGAAGUAUUGGUUAAGCUUGGCCUUAAACCUGAAAAGAGCAGCGGGGGACCAAAAAGUAUCGCUGCAUUUUUCUCUAAAAGGUGCUUGCCACCUGCAGAAGAAAGCGUGAAACCUGGUGAAACAUCACCACUGCCAUCCCUGAAAUCAUUUUCUGCCAUUCAUGAUGCACCAAACAGCCAAUCACAUGAAAUCUAGUAAUCUGAUUUCAUGAUGGAGAAUGGUAUUUUUGCUACUUUUGGACUUUCUGUAAAAAUUAGAGAUGGUGGUUGCACUUGACGCUCGUUAACCACUGCGAGGAAGUUUCUGCAUAUCAUUUGACAAUACUGUUACUUUUCUGUAAUGUUGGCUAUAUUGUAAAGAGUAAUGCUGUUUGCCUACAUUUUCUGAGUCUCUUUUGCAACUAUGAUGACCAGAUGCUAUGAUAUCCGAUGAAAUGAUACUUUUAGUUCUGUCUUUUACUCAUAAUUUAUUAGUAAUUUAUCUUUUAAUCGAAUCAAAUUUUGAUUCGCUGUUAA